AGGUCCACCCUUUCUACCCAUAUCUGGAAUGACGUUGCAUUUUUCAAGCAUUUCUCACAUUCGACAGGGUCGGCCCUUCACUUCCUGACACAAUCAGAUCAAGUACCAAAGUAGUUUCCUUGACUAGAACAUUAAAGAACCUGCUAAUGCUGCUUGCCAAUGAAUUCAAAGUCAAAAAGUUAUGUGUGUUAGACCAAUCUAGAUAUUUUCUAUCUUUUGACUUGCUCAUUCAUUCAAGUAUACUUUGAUUAUCAUUCUUGUCUCCUGUUGCUGCGAUAUCAAACUAUCGCCCCGCUGUACGUCCAGAGUACAUUGGCCUACGGGCGAUCACCACAACAAGCUUUCUCCACGAUUUCACCAUGGGUUUUCAUCUCCCAUCAAUUCCAUAUCCUCCAGCGCGACCAGAAGAAGGUUUUUGGGCUCCUGUAACAUCGACCAUAAAUUGGUGUGAAGGCAAUACCUCCAAACUUCAGAUUAUGGCCAUCAUCUUCUAACAUCGGAUCAUAGAGGACUACUAUGCUACUAUUUACUCGGCCGAAAUCGUCAACACGCUUACCAACCUACUUUUUAUAUGGCUUUGCAUCAAAGGUACUCGGAAUUGUUUAAAGUAUGGCCAUGAUGGCGUAUUUCUGGUGGCAUUUCUAGGCUAUGGUGCUGUAGGCACAGGUGAGGAGUUAACCAAUCUUCAUAAUACUCCGACUAACAUUGCCAAGGUUCAUUCUUGUUCCAUUCAACCUUGAAAUGUAAGUCAUGUCUAUCAAAUGAACCCAUCCAAUUACUGACACGAUAGUUUAGAUCCUAUGCAACUUGUUGAUGAACUUUCUAUGAUUUAUACUACAUGCUUGAUGUGCUAUGCGACUUUCUCCUUCUCCCAAUCCCGCGUCUUCAGACAAGUAUUAGCAUUUAGCUUAAUCUUUUUGUCCGUAUUCAUCACGGUAAGCAGAUAGUUCUGUCCUCACUUCCUCAAUUUGUAAUGCUAAAAUAAGAAUGUUAAUAGCUCUACUAUCAUUACCUCCAAGAUCCUGAUUUUCAUCAGAAUGCAUUUGCCCUUCUGACAGCUACCGUACUUUUCCGUUCCAUGUAUGUCAUGGAAGUUAAUAUACGUCCUUCUCUUCGGAAGAAAUAUGCGACCACAGAACUUUCUCACGAACAUCCUGAUACUACUCAUUCCGAGCGUCUAGCAAAUGAAAAGAGACAACAUGAUAUUUUGAAGGAAAUGUGGUUGAUGGUUGGCUUAGGUCUUUCCAUAUUUCUUGGUGGCUUUGGUAUAUGGUCUUUGGACAAUCAUUAUUGCUCGACGGUUAGACAAUGGAGACAUGAGAUUGGACUUCCAUGGGGAUUAUUACUCGAAGGACAUGGUUGGUGGCAUUUGAUGACGGGUAUUGGAUCAUACUUCUAUUUGGUUUGGGGUAUUUGGCUACGACAUUGCUUGAAUGAUAAGCAAGAUGAAUACGUUUUGAAUUGGCCUCAUUACCUUAGUCUACCGGAAGUCAUCACGCGUCCUGAAAGUAGCAGAAUCUCGAAUGGAAAACGGAACGGAAAACGAAACGGACAUAUCAAAGAUGAAUCUAGAAAAUCUGUUUAAAAAGGUUGUUUGUGGUGGGUUGUUAUGGGUUUAGGAAUACAAUACCUCUUUAGAAUAGAGUAUGGGCAUCGAGUGGUCAGACAUAAAAUAUUGAUACCCUUUUUUAUAGAUUAUGGAUUAUACCAACCUCGAACUUUUGCUUUUGAUUCAACAGAUUAAUAAUUGUAUAAAUUAUUAUUUAGACAUAUGUAUAUAUAUAUAUAUAUAUAUAUAUAAGUAUCUGAAAGAAUACUAUUCGAACUGGGUGAGCCCUUCCCGCCCCCACGAUAAGCUCUAGCCUUGUCUAAAAAUGUAGGACCAGCCUUGCGUAAACCUACAAGCCCAACAGGGUUAAAUCUUAAACGUGAUUGGCUGGAUAAUCAAUUCGUGUCCAAUAUCAAUGAAAUAGUUUCAGCCACGGCAAAUACGCAAUACGCAGGCCCUUCGAAAU